AUGGCCAUACAUGAAUCUCUCACCCUUGCUUUUCUACUCUUUUUCCUACCCUUUCGUUAUUCCCCUGCAACAUCACUUGCAACAGCAAUACCUUCACCCGCACUCCUAGAAACACUGGCUCUCAUGAAAUGGAAAGCCAGCCUCUUGCCAUCAAAAGCUCUCCAUUCCUGGUCGCUUCCUGCUGCUAAUGCUACCACCAACACAAUCUCUCCAUGCAAAUGGAUUGGGAUCUCAUGCAACAGCAUUGGAAGUGUAACAGAGAUAAGUUUACCGAGUGCAGGCCUGCAAGGUAAGCUUGAUAACUUGAGCUUCUCGUCAUUUCUAAACAUCCGCCAUCUUGAUUUCAGUGACAACACACUCACUGGAACCAUUCCAGCCCAUAUUCGCUUUCUUUACAAACUCACAUUCCUCGAUCUGUCUGCAAAUGAAAUAAGUGGAUCAAUACCUCUGGAAAUGGGGAAUCUUGUCAAUCUGAAUGAGCUAGACUUGUCCAUGAACCAUCUAGAUGGUUCCAUCCCUUCCACUUUAGGAAACCUGACAAAGCUGACGAUCCUCUACCUCUAUGAUAACCACAUUUCCAGUUCAAUUCCUCCAGAAUUAGGGAAUCUAAAGAAUCUGUUUGAGCUAGCACUGUACCCUAACAAUCUCACUGGUCUCAUACCUCCUGCUUUAGGUAAUUUCAGCAACCUUACAAUUUUCUAUCUCUACCAGACCCAAGUUUCUGGUCCAAUUCCAUCAGAAAUAGGAAAUCUGGUUAAUCUCAAGGAGCUUGACGUGUCCAGCAACCUUCUAACAGGUUCUAUCCCUUACACUUUAGGAAACUUGACAAAGCUGACGAUCCUCCACCUCUUUGAAAAUCAAAUUUCUGGUUCUAUUCCUCCUGAAGUUGGGAAUUUAAUGAGUCGUUAUGAGCUAGGAUUGUACCAUAACAAUCUGACUGGUCCAAUCCCUCCUGCUUUGGGUAAUUUGACGAUGCUCAGAAUUUUGUAUCUCUACCACAACCAAGUUUCUGGUUCAAUUCCACUAGAAAUAGGGAAUUUGAUUAAUCUCAAGCAGCUUGUUAUGUCCAGUAACCUUCUAAUGGAUUCUAUCCCCUCAACUUUAGGAAACUUGACAAAGCUCACCAUCCUCCACCUCUACGACAAUCAAAUUUCUGGUUCAAUUCCUGUGUGA